GAAAACUAUGGAUGAGUUGUGCAGGACUUGUCUGUCUGCCUUGGGAACCGAGCACAGCAGCGUAUCGGUGUUCAACGAGACGGAAAUGGGAGAUACGAUUGCGGCCCUUUUGGGGGAGUACUGUUGCUUGAAGAUAUCGAAAAACGACCAACUACCCAAGCAGAUAUGCUCACCAUGCCUUGACGAUCUAAUCACAACCUUCAAUUUCCGUCGGAAAUGCGUCAACUCGGAACAAUGUCUACUUCGGAUGGUGGAAGACUCCGAAAGUGAACUGAUUGUGGCUGAAGAAAGCGAACCCAGCGAAGUGAAACCUUCUAUGUUUGUGGAAGUAUUGGAGAGCCAGGAAGAAACUAGUUGUUCUUUUCCCGCCGAAAGUCAGCCAAAUGAAGAACAAUCCACCGAUUGCUACAGCAAGAUCGAAAUGAUGAGUUUUCGUUGCUGCUUGUGCUCAGGAAUUCUGUACAGCCAGGAAGAACAUCGCGAUCAUGUCGAACAAGCCCAUAAGGUCACAUUUCUAACUGAUACCUCAACAUUCGAACUUCAUUUUACUUGCUUCAUUUGCACGAAGUCUUUCGACAACGCAGAACAGUUGGAAGUUCAUCAAGGAAAAGGAUUCAUGGAAUUGUUUCAAUGCAACAAUUGCGAAGACAUUUAUGAAAUGGUUGAGCAUGUGGUUAACCAUUACCAACAUAACCAUUUGAUAGAACAGUUUGAGGAGCACAAAGAGGACGAGGAGACAACUAAACCUGAAACAAUCACAUUGGACACACAAGAUAAAUGUGCAGCACAACCAAAAGAACGAUAUUGUUGCGUAACUCAUUGCCAUGAUGUGUUUCCAGACGAGAAACAGUUGAUAGCACACGCUUUGGAAAAGCAUGCACACAAACUAAAGUACAACCAAGAACGACAUGGCGUUCCGAACAAACCUCAUGUGUGCAAUAUAUGCUUCCGAUCGUUUGGUUCGCUGAAGAAUUUGAAAGUCCAUCAAUUCAUUCGUGCUAACAAUGUAGAUAGAAAACAUUUCUCAUGUAUCCACUGUCCAUUUCGUACCGUUAGUCGUAGUUUACUGACAGUACACGAUCGUUCGAAGCACAGUGGAGAUCGACCGUACAAAUGUAGUCACUGCGAGAAAAGAUUUUUCAGUGAAAUGCAUCUCAAGAAUCAUCAGGUGUGUCAUUCGCAGGAUCGACCAUUUGAAUGUUCAUUUUGCGACAAAAAUUUUAGCAGGAAACGAAACAUGGAGGAGCACGUACGAUCUUGCCAUUCGGAGGAGAAACCCUUUAAGUGUGAUGCAUGUCCGGCCCGCUUCAAAAUUUCCCAGCAUUUGCGUAUACACACCAGGAUACAUUCCGGAGAAAAGCCAUACAAAUGUUCCUUCUGCGACAAUAGCUACUAUCACAUCUCCGAUCGUAGAAGGCAUGAGAUGUCCCACACUGGUGAGAAACCGUAUAAGUGUAGCGUAUGUGAGGUUGCAUUCACCAGAAAACGAACCCUCACGAUCCACGAGCGGACGCAUUCCGGCGAACGGCCGUACUGUUGCACCAUCUGUGGCAAAGGAUUCUGCCAGAAUUCAACACUCAAGAAGCACAUGGAACGGCACGUAGAAGGCGAGACUAUGUUGGCUUCGGAAAUAGUGGAGGAACCGGGUGAGUUCUUUACCGUUGAAAUGUCAGAAUAAAAUGUCUUAGAUUGA